AUGUUGAAUCUUCAGACUGAGCUUCUCCUGAGAAUCUAUCAGCUAAUCAUCCAAGGAGAAGCUGUAAGAGCUGAGGCAACAACCAACCGGACCACCGUCUCCCACCGUCUCCCACCGAGACUAUUCGCCACCGACCGUUUCCCGAGUGGACGCCAUAACAUUUACUCGAAGCCAGAGCUUCUUGCUUUCAUCCGUCAUGUUCUUCGCGACACUGAAGAGUUCAAGUAUAUUAGAAGCUCUUGCUUCGGGAAGCUAUUUGACCUCCCAGCGCGUCAGUGUCCGUCUUCGGGUAAAUUGAUACACGCCAUGUUGACCAGACAGCUAGUCUGUGGAGACAAACACACACUUUGGUCUGUUUUCGGAAGCGAUCCAAUCAAGUUCGGCCUCCAGAAAUUUGGCACCAUUACCGGUUUGCCUUGUGGAGCUUUCCCUGUUGGAUACACCCUUGAUAAAGAAGAUCAGUCUACAGCAAACAAAGACUCUGAUUGGAUCAAGUUGAUAGGCAAAAAGAGAUUCACAACCAUUGCUGAUUUGCGUCACAAGCUAGAGACCGACAGACACAUGCCGGGGCGAAAGAAGCUACAACUUGCUUUGAUAAUAAUAGUCGAUGGUGUCCUCAUUGCUCAUCAACAGACGCCACGCCCUACUCUGAAGUACGUUAGAAUGGUCCAAGACGUUGACGCUUUCUGCUCACACCCUUGGGGUAGAGAGUCUUUUAUCAAGACUAUUGAUUGCAUGAAACCUCAGAAGUUCGUCCCUUUGAAAUGUGAAGACCCAAUCGGAGCAAUGGUUCAGCUCCUCAAGCAGGAGUCAUUGAGGCUUAUAGGAUUCCCCCUUGCACUACAACUCCUUUCAUACCAGGCGGUUCCAAAACUACAGUCAACAGUUCCAAUCCCGUAUGAUUCUCGUACAAUUAUGGACCUAGACGGCCCCAAUCUUCCUUUCUACCCAGCUCCCAGCGCCAUCGAUAUUAUAAGGGUUGAAGCCGACCCUGAUCUUCAGGUCACAUCGUUGAUACCAAUACAUAGCCAACCACAACCUGGAUGGGGAGUUUGGCCUGAUGUCUCCAACGACGACCGUGUGUCAUACAUGGAGCAACUUAUAGCCGACCAUCGCCCCUUCACGAAGGACCUUUGGCAUGGUGGAGUCACAUCUGAGCCCUUUAUCACUACUACUACAAACGAUGAAGAUCAGCCCAAAGCUAAGAAGACCAAGCCGGAAGCACCUCCCAAAAAUGCCAACAAGCCAAAACCACUCACCAAAAAAGUUCUCAAAGCAAGGAAGACAUCAAAGAAAAAAGACACGGUCCGUAAGCAGAGACGCAUCAGUAGCUACUUUCAUGCCGCGGCUCCUUCCAGCACAUCAGAAGACAAAAUCCUCGAGCUCCUCUCUGGAAUUUCAGAUCAAGUCACCAAGCUUCAGAAGGAGUCAAAGCUGCUUCGCAAAAUGCUUAAGCGCAAGAAGACUACAACUUAUUCAAAGCGAUCUGCCUUCAACACUCUUCUCGGAGAAGGAUUGGUAAAGAAAGGCAACAAUGCUGUUGCACACAAAGGAUGUCAAACUGAACCAACAAACGUCAACAUUCCUGUCUCUUCACACGAUGUAUGCCACACCCACACGGAGCCAAAAACUGAUUCCUCUCACCAUACGGUAGUCUUAUUUAUACGCUACUUCUUGUAG